CUCCAAGUUUUGAGGGCCUUGCAAAAUAAUCAAAAAGUAAUCGGCGUCAAAUUGGAAGCUAGUGUAUUACGUCUGAGGGCGUAUGAGAAACCUCAAAGAUGAAAAAAAUGGUUAAAAAAGGUUUACAGUCAAUGUUUGCCCCUGCUUAAAUUUGGCGCAGUCUCACAGAGCAGUGAGGAUCUUCGAUGGAGACGGCACAGUCAAUGUCAAUGGCAGGACCUCCAUCUUUAGCAGCUCGAGUAGCAUUUGCAGCCCUAGUCUCGGCCUCCUUAUACUGCCUCUGGAAAUCCACUCGUCCCAGAACAACGAAAUCAUCCCACGCGCAACAAGAAGCAAAACAAUUAACACCUCAAUCGAACCCUAUUAACGGCUGCUGCAAGUCAAGGGUUCGAAACCCUGCGCUCCAACCGAACAACGGCUGCUGCAAGUCGUCGUCAUCGUCUCCGCCCGGAAAGCUAUUUUUCGCCUCACAGACGGGCGCUUCAAAGGCCCUCGCUUACAAGCUCUCGAACCUCCUGCAGGAAAAUAAUGUUAAGGUUGAGGUCGUCGACCCGCGGUCGUAUGAGCCGGAAGACAUAGUGAAGGAGGCGCUUGUGAUAAUAGUCGCUUCGACGUGGGAGGAUGGGAAGCCUCCCGAUAAUGCGGCAUUUCUAGCGCAGUGGCUUGACGAAAGCUCCAAGGAUUUCAGAGUCGGUGCAGGGCUGCUUAACACCUGCAAAUUUGCUGUCUUUGGCGUCGGCAGCAGCGCCUACGGUUCUACUUACAAUCAAGCGGCCAGGGCUUUUUACCAUCAAUUGAAGGAUCUUGGAGCAAUUGAGAUUCUUCCUUUGGGAAUAGGGAACCAAGACAAUGGAAAGCUGGAGAAAUCUUUUGAAGACUGGAGCCAUAGACUUGUUGAAUCUUUGACUGAUAAAUUGGAGAAACCAGUUAGCAGUGAAAAUGGUUUGGUUGAUGAAGGGUUUUCUGACUAUUAUAGUGAUGGAGAUUCAGAUGAAGAUGAUAAAGAGAAUGUACCAGAAGCUUCUGGCCUUGUUGAUUUAGAAGAUGUGGCUGGUACAGCUUCAUUUGCUCCCAGUAAAAAUGGCAGUAGCAGAAAACAAUUUGGAAAGGUCAAUCGACUUGUGAAGGGUUUUAAUGAGGACAAGCCCCCUUCUACAGACGAAAACGGUCCCAAGGCUAUGGUCACUCCGGUAAUCCGGGCAAGUCUAGAGAAACAGGGAUAUAAAAUAAUAGGUUCUCAUAGUGGUGUAAAGUUGUGUAGAUGGACCAAGUCACAGUUACGUGGUCGAGGUGGCUGCUACAAACAUUCAUUCUAUGGCAUUGAGAGUCACAGGUGUAUGGAAACAACUCCUAGUUUGGCUUGUGCCAAUAAGUGUGUAUUUUGCUGGAGACAUCACACUAAUCCUGUGGGAAAAAGCUGGCGGUGGAAAUUGGAUGAUCCUUUAAAAAUAGUUGAAGGGGCCAUUGAUCAACAUACUAAGAUGAUAAAACAAAUGAAAGGUGUUCCCGGUGUGACACAGGAAAGGUUGACAGAAGGCUUAACUCCCAGGCAUUGUGCCUUGUCACUUGUGGGUGAGCCUAUCAUGUACCCUGAGAUCAAUACUCUUGUUGAGGAAUUACACAGAAGGCGAAUUUCCACCUUUCUUGUAACAAAUGCACAGUUUCCAGAUGCUAUCAGGUCACUGAGACCUGUGACUCAGCUCUAUGUAAGCAUUGAUGCUGCAACGAAGGAAAGGUUGAAGGCCAUUGACAGGCCUCUGUUUUCAGACUUUUGGGAGCGUUUUAUUGAUUCACUGAAAGCUCUUCGUGACAAACAACAAAGAACUGUUUAUCGCUUGACGCUGGUUAAAGGUUGGAAUACAGAAGAAUUGGAUGCAUACACAGAGUUAUUCAAGCUUGGGAAACCUGACUUUAUUGAAAUCAAGGGUGUUACAUACUGUGGCUCAUCUGCUACUUCUACAUUGACUAUGGAAAAUGUUCCAUGGCAUUCUGAUGUUAGAGCUUUUUCAGAGGAAAUAGUUGAAAGAAGCAAAGGGGAUUAUGAGCUUGCUUGUGAGCAUGCACAUUCAUGUUGUGUACUUUUAGCGAAUGCAAAUAAAUUUAAGGUGCAGGAUCAGUGGUUCACAUGGAUUGAUUAUGAAAGGUUCCAUGAUUUGGUUGCAUCUGGAGAAGCCUUUAGUAGUGAAGACUAUGCAGCUCCUACUCCAUCUUGGGCUGUCUAUGGAGCAAGAGAAGGUGGUUUUGAUCCAGAACAAGCUCGAUUUAGGAAGGAGAGAAGACAUGGAGCUCCUUGAAUUGUAUCUUAAAACUCAGAUGAAGGGUUCAACUGGAUGCCUUAUUGAUGUGACAGGGAUCUUUUGCACUUCUGAAGAGUUGCAAGGUGCAGCACAUUUGAGUACUUCCCUGUAUCUGUAAGUUGCAGAUUAAAGUCAACUUUCAGACACUAGAAUGAUGGCCUUAAGUAAAAUUUUCUUAGAAAAGAAAAUUUUGGUCAUGUUAUCCCAUAGCUAGAAAAUGUAUGCUUGUGAUAUCGCUAUACUCCAUCCAACAUAGGAUUGUUUUCUUGAAAGUGGAGGUGCAUAUUGGUCUUGAUUAGUUGAUGCUAACAGUUUUGACUGUCUUUAUUAUGUGGAGAGGUGUAACCUACAGUAGAAGCAGGUGGGGGAAAGAAGCAUUUGAUGUUGUGACCAUGAAACUAUUUAGAGCUGACAUAUACUUAUUUUAAAUAUAACAGCAAAAUUUAAAAUAUAUAUUAAUGCAUUGAAA